AUGGAAGAUCCUAACUUGGCAGUAAGGCCAGACUUCGCAUCACAAGAACACGAAGCUUCGCGGCGUCAAUUAGUAGAAGAAGGCCUCUCGAAUGAAAAUGCAGCUCGGACCCUAGCAGCAUUAUGGACCUUAGCUAACAACGCUGAGAAAGACCGUUGGGCACUUAGACAACGGCGCAUGAUAGAGGCCAGGCAAAGAGAAGAGGACGAAGAGGAAGAACGUCAGCAACAACGCAAGGAGGAAGAGGAAACUGCACGUCUAGAGGAACGGAAGAAGAACAAAACUAAGUACGCGCCCAUAGUGCGCGGAAAAGUACCUUCUGACCCCACUAUUCUCCCAGCGCAAUACGCUAUAAGGAAGAUGAAAUCCGGAGACUACUGCGAGCUCCAUUAUUUCACCAACCAUGGUCUCGAAGAUGCGAAACUGUCCAACUUAAUUGCGGAACCGGAAGCUAUGGUAAUGCUACCAGCAGCAGACGGUCUACACUCUUGGAUCCCAGCAGCGGCAGUAAAGGACCCGAAAGCAGCUCCGGUUGUGAAAGACGAGAACCUGUCUUGGGAAGAAUUCAACGAAGCCGCCCCUCGAAUGAUCACAAUGAUGAAAUUACACAUCGUUGGCGCCAUUCACCAGAUCAGCUCAAACAACGAGCGCUACUACUGUAUCAAUCCCAGCAACGACGACGUUGGCAUCAGACUAUCGGAACGGCGCAAGGAUGGAGUCUUGAAGACCUCAAUCAAGAUUUAA